UUUGGGGUUUCACAUCCGCCUGCAGCUAGCCUGGUUGUUGCAAAGAUUUGUUACAACCAGAGUAACGCUAGCGACCACUGGAAACAUUAUUGGAAUAAACAAAAGACUUCGGAGUACGGAUAUAUGGGGAAGAAACACAAGAAACAUAAGCCGGAGUGGAGAACAGUUGAUGACUAUGAGGACAAGGCUCUCGAGAAGCCCCUGAAGCUUGUGCUCAAAGUUGGAGGAAGUGAGGUGACAGAGCUCUCUGGUUCGGGCCAUGACUCCAGCUACUACGAUGACAGAUCAGACCACGAACGAGAACGGCACAAAGAGAAGAAGAAGAAGAAGAAGAAAAAGUCUGAAAAGGAUAAAGACAAAUAUGUGGAUGAUGAGGACAGAAGACGGAGGAAGGAGGAAAAGAGGAAGAAGAGAGAGCGAGAGCAGAAUGAAUCAGAGAUGGCAGCUGCUACAGCUGCUACCAGUGCUGGUGUGCCUGUUGAACCUUUCACAUUGCCCAAAAGUAUAACUAUUGGAUUAGAGCCGGAAGAGAAGAAGAAGAAGAAAGAGCGAGAGAGAGAGUUUGAGAUGGAGCCUGAAGUGGACGAGUUUCACCCCAACGUGAAGGUGGAAGUAGAACAGCAAGGAGAUAGACCAGUCAGAUCAUGCAGGACACAACAAGAGAGUGAGUGCACUCCUCGUCAACAACUACUGGAGCACUUUUUGAGGCAGUUGCAGAGGAAAGACCCCCAUGGAUUUUUCUCAUUUCCAGUAACGGAUGCGAUUGCUCCUGGUUACUCAAUGAUUAUCAAACAUCCGAUGGACUUCAGCACCAUGAAAGACAAGAUUUUAAAUAAUGACUACAACACAGUUACAGAAUUUAAGGCGGACUUUAAGCUGAUGUGCGACAAUGCCAUGGUGUACAACCGACCAGAGACUGUUUAUUACAAGGCUGCCAAGAAACUGCUUCAUACAGGAUUCAAGAUGAUGAGCAAGGAACGGCUGUUGGCUCUGAAGCGCAGCAUGUCUUUCAUGCAGGACAUGGAUUACACCCAGCAGGCAGCCAUUUUGGGAGAUGAAGACCUUGCAGCUGAUUUACCUCCUCCAGAGAUAAUCCCUAUCCCAGUGGAAUCAGCCAAGAAGUCCAAGAAACAACCAGUCAAAGACAUGAAGGAAGUCAUCAGUUACUUGUAUGAACCAGAGGGAAAUGCUUGCAGCUUGACUGACAGCACAGCAGAGGAGCAUGUCCUGGCACUCGUUGAGCAUUCUGCAGAUGAAGCUCGAGAUCGAAUCAACAGAUACAUGCCCAACUCCAAGAUGGGCUACUUGCGCAAAGAGCCAGACAAUUCUCUUCUAUAUACUGUUGUAAAUCAGCUUGAUCCGGAUGCAGAAGAAGAGGAGACUCAUAAAGUGGACCUGAGUUCUCUGUCAAAUAAGCUGCUGCCUGGAUUAACAACCUUAGGUUUCAAAGAUGACAGGAGACACAAAGUAACGUUUCUGAGCAGUGCCUACAACAUUCAGAGCCUUCAGAAGAACUCCAUCUUUCCAGACCUGCUGUCUGAUGAGGUGGACAUGCUCUAUUCAGCCUAUGGAGAUGACACAGGAGUUCAAUGUGCUCUCAGCAUACAGGAGUUUGUCAAAGGCUGUGGAAGUGUCACAAAGCAUUGGGUCGAUGGGCUUCUGGACAAGAUGACAGCAGGCGAUCACAUUAAAGCUGUCAGUCAAAUCCGACAGAAAAGAAACAUGAUGCUGAAACCCGAUGAAACCAAGUCCAACAUCUGUGACAUGCAGAUGGCAGAUGGCAGUGGCCUGGGAGAGAGUGGCUCAGUCCUGGACUUUAUGUCAAUGAAGAACUAUCCUGAUAUGUCUCUGGACAUAUCCAUGCUAAACUCAUUAGGUAAAACAGUGAAGAAAGAGCCGGGGAAUGAGGAGGGCCAGCAGCACUUUGACGAUGCAGACAAACUCAUGCAGGAGUUCCAGGAGGCUCAGGUGGACAGAGUUGGCUCCAGACCCUCGUCCAACCUGUCCUCCCUCUCUAAUGCCUCAGAAAGGGACCAGCACCACUUAGGGAGCCCAUCACACCUGGGCGUUGGCGACCAGUCUGAAAUGGUUCAUGAUCCCUACGAGUUCCUGCAGUCUCCGGAACCAGAGAGCACAGCCAACAGCUGACCACACACACUGCCAUUUUGUUAUCCUGGUGUUAACACCACUGGGUACUCAGCCUUGGACUAUUUAAACACUGUGGAGACGGAGGGAUCCUCUGACCUGUUUAAAGACUGAACAUGAAUUGUACAGACUGUUUGUAGUGUAACUGUAUGGUUUUUGUAAAAGUGCAACACUUUAAAAAUAAAGGCUUGCACCUGUA